UUAAAAUAAGUAGGCGGCUCGGUGCUAAGGGAUGAGUGAGUCGGAGCUCGGUCUCUCCCCAGCAAGUUCUCAGCCGCUCCCGGUUCAGACCCAACCUGGGAGCCGCGAGCGGGGCUCACCAUCCCCCGAAGGGCAGGACUCCGGGGCAAGUCGAGCGCUCCCGCGUGUCGGGCGCUCGGAGUCCCCGCAGCCGGAGAGGGGCCAGGACUCUAGAGCUCCGGGGGUGCCUGUGGAAUCCAACGCCUCUGGCUUCCCGGGUCCCCCGCAGCGGAGCCCCAGAGACGCCCUCAGCCCCGGACCUCCGCGGAACAAGAUUGAGUUUGAGAAUCCACUGCAACUACCACCACAAUGGGCAGCAAAACCUUGCCAGCGCCAGUGCCCAUUCAUCCAUCCCUGCAGCUCACCAACUACUCCUUCCUCCAGGCAGUGAACGGCCUGCCCACAGUGCCCUCGGACCACCUGCCCAACCUGUAUGGUUUCAGUGCGUUGCACGCUGUGCACCUGCACCAGUGGACGCUGGGCUACCCUGCCAUGCACUUGCCGCGCUCCUCUUUUUCCAAAGUGCCUGGCGCCAUGUCCGGCCUGGUGGACACACGUUUCCAACUGCCCGCCUUUCCCUGGUUUCCUCAUGUAAUCCAGCCUAAGCCCGAGAUCACCGUUGGAGGCAGCGGCCCCUCUGCACUCAAGACCAAGCCACGCUUUGAUUUUGCCAACCUGGCUUUGGCUGCCACGCAAGAAGAUCCAUCCAAGCUUGGCCGGGGGGAGGGUCCCGGGUCCCCCGCUGGUGGGCUAGGCGCCCUCCUGGAUGUAACCAAGCUGUCCCCAGAAAAGAAGCCCACAAGGGGACGCCUGCCUUCCAAGACCAAGAAGGAGUUCGUCUGCAAGUUCUGUGGCCGCCACUUCACGAAGUCCUACAACCUCCUUAUCCAUGAGCGGACACACACGGAUGAGCGGCCCUACACCUGUGACAUCUGCCACAAAGCCUUCCGGAGGCAAGACCACCUACGGGACCACAGAUAUAUUCACUCCAAAGAGAAGCCUUUCAAGUGUCAAGAGUGUGGGAAAGGAUUCUGCCAGUCCAGGACUCUCGCUGUCCACAAGACGCUACACUCACAGGUGAAGGAGCUCAAAACCUCCAAGAUCAAAUGCUAAAGAGAGCCUCCGGGUCACCAGUACCCUAGGUCACGCUGCCCCCUCCUCCAGAGGGACCAGAAGCCGAAGGCGACUCUGGCGGGCAGCGGGAGGGGUUCCCGGGAUCUUCCCCUAUCCCAAACUUGUCCCUUGGGUCCCGGGCGCACGCAAAACUUGAGAGCCCCGCCCCGAGCCGUGACCCCAGCCGCCCGGGCGGCUCCCCCAGGACGCGGCUAAAGUCUUGGCCAAAAGGCGGUACUCACGUGGCGGAAGGGAAACUGCAUUUAAAAAAAGACGAAAGCUCCGCGGAGCCGCAGCGGCGCCUCUCCCAGAAGUAUUACUUUUUCUAUUGUUAUUUUAUACGUUUUCUUUAUUAUUUUUUUCUUUGACCAUAUAAGCUUGUAACUCUGCCUGCGGAGAGAGAGAGGGGAGAGGGAAAGAGGUUCUGCGCGUUCGCAGCUUCCACCCCCUCCUCCCGUCCCCACCCCACCCCGGGAGCCUGCAAAAGUGUAUCCAUGUAUCUGCUUCAGCAGCCCGGCCCUGGGACCGCGGGGCCACGGACGCCCCCUCCCUGCUCCGCCGCGCCGCGCCGCCGGUCGUUGGCCGUCGGACUGGGACCGCGGGGCGGGGGGCCUUGGGCCCUGGGGCUGGAGGGGGCCCGGCCUCAGGCUCCCCUGCUCUGCCACCCAGUCACCACCAGCGAGCAGCCGGCUAGGAGCAGGGCGUUGUAUUGCGAUUGGCACUUUAUGCUGACCAUCGGUAACGGACAUUUAUCACUGGAGUUUUUUAAAAUAUGAAAUAAACGGUUAUUUUA